CAUCUUUAGCAUUGACUCGCCACCGACAUUGUAACAACAAUGUCUCCACUUUAACCCACCCAACUUGCACUUUUAACAGUCCCUGCCCUCCACAGCGGACCACGUUGGACAAGCUUCCCUGAUCGCAUCAACUAGCAUCAACUGUGCAAGACUCCGAAGGAGAACGGGACGAGGAUGGACCCCGAACAACCACGCGCUUCUAUAUCUAGCAUGGGGGUAGGGGUUACGCGCGAUAUAGAAUCCCCACUCUCUACACGAAAGCGAGCUUCUAAGGCCUGUCUUGCUUGUCGCGCACGCAAAAUACGUUGCGAUGUAGCCUCGCACAGCACACCAUGUACGAAUUGUCGCAUAAGUCGCGGAGAGUGCAUUGUGCGUGGAAGGCCGGCUAAGUAUCGCACUUCGAAAGGAAACAAACAGAAUACAUCUACGGAUAUUCCACCAGUUCGAUCGCAGGUUCCCCCAUCAUCUCCACCAAGAAACCUAUCGGCAUCGGCUGGGUUGGAAUUACAACGGAACAGUUAUACUCUAAUUUCAGACGACGGGUUGGACCACAAUGCAUUAUGUCAAAGGCGCCAAUCAAGUAUAGGUGGGCAUAUUGGCCAAUAUGCGAAUUGGCGACAUCUUGACCAAGUCAACCCCCAGAGCCUCACCCCAGUGACAGAGAGACCGAUUGAAAAUAAUCCCGCAGAACGGGACAAAACCUCGCAUGAGAACCCAUGGACAGAACGUCAAAGAACUAACAAGAUAGCCUCUCUCAUUGGUUCCGACGAUGACAUCUCACAAGUGAACGCCAGUCAUACCAAUUCCCAUGCCGAUUUAGGAGCUGAUGUCUCAAGAAUUAGCGGGUCGCAAACACGAUUGAAUUCCAACCCGUCACACUCAGAGUACCACUUUAUAGAGUUCGACGACUUCUCGGAGCUAUCUGUUGAAGACAUCAGGUUUUUGAAGGCUCAGGGGUGCUUCCAAAUUCCAGCCAUGCCAGCCUUGGAUCGUUUUGUACAGCAGUAUUUUCUUCAUGUCCACCCGCUCCUUCCUAUGAUAGAUGAAGCUAAUUUCUGGAAUGUCUUUAAUAACAACUCUGAUGGCCAUGGCCAACCAUUCAAAAUAUCAAUUUUUACUUUCCAGGCGAUGCUGUUUUCAUGUUGCAGUUUUGUUCCUCUGGAUACUCUCCAUGACGUAGGGUUUCGGAAUGUACGGCACGCUCGGGCAACCUUGUAUCGGCGUGCAAAAGCCCUUUUUGAUUUUGACGGCAAGAGGGAUCUUAUAUCCACCUCUCAAGGCGCUCUACUUCUGUCCCAGGCGCCAGAUAACCACAAUCGAAGGAUCAAUACGUUUUGGCUAGGAGUAGCUAUUCAGUUUGCCAAAGAUGCAAACGCUCCUCAGUACGACUUGGAUCAGGCCAUCACAGAAAAGCAGAGAAAUGUAAAAAAGCGACUGUGGUGGUGCUGCAUCCUUCGUGACAGAAUACUCCCACUUGGGGUUCGUCGCCCGUUAUUUAUUACCAAUGCUCAUUUCGAUUUUGGCAACAGUCCAUUAACCGCCAAUGACCUCGACGAGGAAAUUAGUUAUUCAAAUGUGUACGAUUCCGAAACAAAGCGUUCGCUUGCUGAAUUGCUUGAGGUUCUUUGCAAUCUCGCGGUAUGCUUGACUGAUAUUAUCAUGAUAUUGUACCCCAUUAAUGGAAACCCAACAACUUCAUUGAAUGAAUUGGGACUCACACGUCUACGCGUCCACAUAGAACGGGGAAAAGCGGAUCUUUCUCAAUGGUUUGAUAAUGCCUCGGUGCAUUUUCCAACGCCAGCUGGCUUAGGAGACACGCAUGGGUCUGUGAUUCUACACACAAACGUCGUGUAUAUUUACUAUUAUUCUGCCAGGAUGGCACUUUGCCAUCAUGAGAUUCUGCUACUGGAGAUGGAUUCCAAGUCCGAUACUAGCUAUCCUAGGCAGCUUCACAAAACCAAAAGGGAGCUUCAAGAAGCGGUAACUUUCCUAGCGGAUAUCACAAAGGAGCUACUUCAACUUAAGCUAGUCAGAUAUCUACCUGUCUCUGUUGUUCCAGCUGCAUCACUACUACUGGUUUUACAUAUGCUCGAUGUCAAGCUAUCAUCAACCAAGUCGCAACGCUCUAUGAGGCAGCGCCGUCUACAGGUUUUUUUAGAGGUUAUGAAUGUAUUGCAGUCUAUAUAUGACAGCACAGAUCGAGUUUCUGACGCUAUUGAACAACUUAUCGCAUAUUUUGGACCCGAUGAUUUGUUGGAGAAUACUAGAGCCCCAACACUUGCUGGGAGUUGGGAGACGCAAUACUCCAGCCCAGCAACGUUCUCUUCAAACUCUGCCUCGGCUGAAACGUCUUCAUCUACGAUCAAUGAUUGGAGCGAUGUCCUGCUUCGGCGGCGAAGUUGCUAUCUUCGAAUAGUGAUGACACUCGACAUAACAUUUUCCAAGGGAGAAUUUCCAAAGGAAACCGACUUCCCCGACCCUCUCCAAACUAGCCAACUGGCAGCAUAUCUUCCGUUGUAUAGAGCGUGAUGUUACUACGGGAGAUAGAGUCUUGAGACAUAUCCGGU